AUGCCCGAGUUUGGGAUAAGCGAUUCGUCGUACUUUGACGCUCCAGACGUGAGUCUGGAGCACGCGACUUUUCCCCAUCUCACUGGUGUUGAGUGGGAUGCCCUAAAUCGCCUCGCGGCGAUAUCUGGAGAGGCAUUCGUUGUGUCGCUGAUGAGAUCAGCGACUCCUGAUGGACAGCGUCUCGCCAUACACGACUACAUGGCUCGCGAGCUCGCCGAAUCCCAUCGGCGAGGUUUAACUCCCUCGCGGACUUCACGGAACGAUGCCUUGAAGAUGGAGACCUCCGCCUAUUCUGGCGAAGGAAAAGAACGCUUGUCGUUGUCUCGUUGGUUUCGAGAGGUCGACAUCGCUAUCGCCUCGAGACUUCCCGAGGCUCCUCAAGCGAAGGUCAAUUUCCUUCUUUCCCGUCUCACUGGGAAAGCCAAGGAGUGGGCCUUGGGAAAACUCGUUGUUGACGAGUUUGCGUUCCCCACUCUGGAAGCCAUCCAGAGUGACCUUCGACUCGCCUUCGAGCCGCCCCAGGAAGAGAAGUUGGUGCGUUCAAGGUUCCUGUCCCUGCGACAGGGUAAGAUGUCCAUGCGCGACUACGUGCAGAUGGCUCGAUAUCUGGCGUCUUGCAUUAUCACGCAUCCCAUGGACAUGUAUACACAAGUGAACGUGUUUGUCGAUGGCAUGCGUGAAGGGCAGACUCGCCUCUCGCUGGAACGAGCAGAGCCUGCCACGUUGGAGGAGGCUUGCGCUAUCGCUCUCCGUGAGGACUUCAGAGUCACCAAGGCCUAUACCAAGCCUUCAGUUGUUACCGCUGUCAGAUCAGCGGGCCCGUAA